CCUCUCUCUCUCUCUCCUUCCUUUCCGUAACCCUUCCCCUUCCUUCCUCCCAAAGCAAAGAUAACAAUCCGUUCCAGCAUCGUAGAUUCCGCCAUGGGAUGCUUCGGGCGCACGGGGAAAUCAAGCAAACGCUCGGAGACGAAGAAGAACAACAACGAUUUCGUGAAGCUCACAAUCGACGUAAACUGCGUUCGUAAGAGCGCAGAUCGCGAUUCACAAACACAACCUAGCUCAGGUAGUCCGUGUGGAGAUGAUGCAAACAAGGAGGCAACUACUGAGGAGGAUCAGUUUUCUUUGGAUGCAAAGGAUUCAAAUGUGGAAGAUGAAGUUUCAGGGAAGAAAGCCAAGACUUUUACCUUUGAAGAACUCUCUGUUUCUACAGGAAACUUCAGGUCUGAUUGUUUUCUUGGCGAAGGAGGUUUCGGAAAAGUAUACAAGGGUCUUAUCGAGAGAAUCAAUCAGGUUGUUGCAAUCAAGCAACUUGAUCGAAAUGGUGCUCAAGGAAUUAGAGAAUUCGUGGUGGAAGUGAUGACACUAAGUCUCGCUGACCAUCCCAAUCUUGUAAAGCUUAUAGGGUUUUGCGCACAAGGUGUUCAGAGACUAUUGGUGUACGAGUACAUGCCACUAGGAUCUCUCGAAGAUCAUCUCCAUGAUCUUCCUAAUGGUAAAGCCCCACUUUCUUGGAACACCCGGAUGAAAAUAGCGGCUGGAGCAGCGAGAGGAUUAGAGUAUCUUCACGAUACAAUGAGGCCUCCUGUGAUCUACCGCGAUCUUAAAUGUUCGAAUAUAUUGCUCCGUGAAGACUAUCACCCUAAACUCUCUGACUUUGGGUUAGCUAAAGUCGGACCAAGCGGGGAUGCAACACAUGUUUCCACAAGAGUCAUGGGAACAUACGGAUACUGUGCUCCUGAAUACGCAAUGACGGGCCAACUCACAUUCAAAUCAGAUAUCUUCAGUUUCGGAGUUGUCCUUUUGGAGCUUAUCACUGGAAUGAAAGCGAUUUACAAAACAAAAGCGCGUAAAGACCAGACUCUAGUUGGAUGGGCGCGUCCGUUGUUUAAAGAUAGGAAGAAUUUCAAGAAAAUGGUUGAUCCCUUGAUGGAAGGAGAUUAUCCAGUUAGAGGAUUGUAUCAAGCGCUUGCGAUAGCUGCAAUGUGUGUUCAAGAUCAGCCUGGUAUGAGGCCGGUGAUUUCAGAUGUAGUCAUGGCUUUGGAUCACUUGGCUACUUGCAAUUAUGAUCUGAAUCACAGAGAAAAGCAGUCUAAUGUGACAGAGACAAGAGUUGAUGAAGCAAAAAGGGUGAUCGAAUCUAAUGUUUGUAUGGAAGGAAAACAAGAGAUCAAUAUAUGUUCAGCACAAGCGAAUUAAUCAACAACUGGUCUUUGUUUGAAACGGAAAAGAAAACUAGUUCUUUUAUAUGUUUAAAUUCUUAGAAUGCUUCGUUUGUAGGAGCAACAAUUUUGUUUCGACGGAUUUUGUGAUUUCAUGUAUUUCGAUUUUGGUUUCAUCAGACAUUAGCAGGUUAAAUGUGAC